CAUCCGGGGGAGAAAAAAGUUCAAUCUGCAGCCAAUUCUCGUCGCAGAGGGUUUGCAGUGUACAGUGCGUGUGUGUUUUAAUUGUUUGUUUCCUGUUUGCUGUCUUUUUAAUUGUUACAGCCGUGUACAAGUUGUGUUUUUAACUAAAACGACCAUCGAGAAAAGUUAAUUAGCUUUUUCCUGCAGUGGAAAACCACCCCAGAGCCAGUGAUUCAUUGUAGAAGAGAAAAAGGAACCAAUUUUUUUGAUAUUAGCGUCUGGUUUGUGCGACGUCAUUUUGUGCUUUCUGCCAUUUGCAAUCGAUCAGCCAUGAAGUUUCUAAUACUCAUCCUCGGCUUUGUCGCGGCCGCCAAUGCGAUCUCCAUCUUUGAGCUCGUGAAGGAAGAAUGGACAGCAUUCAAGCUGCAACACCGCAAGAAGUACGACAGCGAGACGGAGGAGCGCAUCCGCAUGAAGAUCUAUGUGCAGAACAAGCACAAAAUUGCCAAGCACAACCAGCGCUACGAUCUUGGCCAGGAGAAGUUCCGCCUGCGCGUGAACAAGUACGCCGAUCUGCUGCACGAGGAGUUUGUCCACACGCUGAACGGGUUCAACCGUUCGGUCAGCGGCAAGGGACAAUUGCUGCGCGGUGAGCUGAAGCCGAUCGAAGAGGCCGUUACCUGGAUUGAACCGGCCAACGUGGAUGUGCCGACGGCGAUGGAUUGGCGUACGAAGGGUGCCGUCACCCCAGUCAAGGAUCAGGGACACUGCGGCUCGUGCUGGUCGUUCUCGGCUACCGGUGCGCUCGAGGGACAGCACUUCCGCAAGACGGGCAAGCUGGUGUCGCUGUCCGAGCAGAAUCUGGUCGACUGUUCGCAAAAGUACGGCAACAACGGAUGCAACGGUGGCAUGAUGGACUUUGCCUUCCAGUACAUCAAGGACAACAAGGGCAUCGAUACGGAGAAGUCGUACCCGUACGAGGCGAUAGAUGACGAGUGCCACUACAACCCCAAGGCGGUCGGUGCCACCGACAAGGGCUUCGUCGACAUUCCGCAGGGCAACGAGAAGGCGCUGAUGAAGGCGCUCGCCACCGUCGGCCCGGUGUCGGUCGCGAUCGAUGCGUCGCACGAAUCGUUCCAGUUCUACUCGGAGGGCGUGUACUACGAGCCGCAGUGCGACUCGGAGCAGCUCGAUCACGGCGUGCUGGCGGUCGGGUACGGUACGACCGAGGACGGCGAGGACUACUGGCUGGUGAAGAACUCGUGGGGCACCACCUGGGGCGACCAGGGCUACGUGAAGAUGGCGCGUAACCGUGACAAUCACUGCGGUAUUGCCACCACUGCCAGCUAUCCGUUGGUCUAAAAACCGGCGAUAGUGGGGGGAUAUUAGGAAGAGAGAGGAUACGGCAUUUUUUAUGUUGUGUGAUAUAUACAAAUUUAAUUACGAGGAGACAGAAGAGAGAGAAAGGAAAAUGCGGUUUUGCCGACAAAAAAGGUAACACACACCAAUACCACACGCAUUGAGCAGGAGAAGGGAGCAUUCCGCGAAUGUUGCCCAUAUUACUUGCGCCAUACAAGAACAAACACCUCUUUUUGAGUAAAAACUUGUGAAAGAGUAUCAUCUAAAACAUCAUUAAAAAACGAUUAACGGAUCGUGUCGUGUCGGUGUGUGUGUGUCAGGUUAAAAAAGGCGAAGUUCGUCGUUUUAAGUAGUAUUUAGCUUUAAGUUUACAAAGAAAAGAAUAAACGAAAAGCGUAGACAAUA